CUCUCUCCCGCCGUCACUCGCCGGUCGAGGAUCCGCUGAAGGAGACGCUCGUCCUCCAUGCAACUAACCCUUGUUGCAGACCCUGCGUGCAACACCGGAAGCACGCCGCCUUCACUUCCACACGUGCCCGACGGGAGAAUCCUUCUGCGUGAGAGGAUUCGACCUUCUCCCUUUCCUUCCAUAUCUAUUCUACCUGAGAGGAACUUACACCCGGCGCUGGACCAUAAAAAAACGAAGGAGGAGGAUUGACAAAACGAGGGAUAAGGAAGCGCGAGAGGAGACACAGCAACCACAUCCCUUCCCGACAACCAACGGAAAUGAAAUCCCAGGUCUUCGUGGUCGUGCUGGCGGCGAUGGUCGUCUCAAGCUCCGCCCACAGCAUCGGCUUCGGGGCGUGUCCUCGGCUCAAGGGCAUGAAGAACUUCGAGCCAGGCAAGUUCGCAGGUUUCUGGUACGUCAUCGAGAUGUACAGCACGUUCAGCCGCUGCCUGACCCUCGACUUCGCCCGCAUAAGCAAGGACGACUUCAAGGUUACGGAGGGUAAAGAGUACGCCGUCGCCCAGUUCGUCGGAAUCGAACACGUCUUCUCGAACACGGGGAUCUAUGCCUCGAGAGCGCCCAAGGAGCCCGCCAAAUUUGAAGUCAAGUGGUCCAAUAACGUCUUCGGAACAGCUGACGGCACCAUCAUAAACACAGACUACGAGCAGUACGCGGUGGUGUUAGAGUGUCAGCGCGUCUUCUACUUCAUGAAGAGAACGUCAGCCGCGAUUCUCAGUCGGAGUCGGAAGCUGGAUUAUGAAAUUAUCAGGAAACUCAAGCAGGACCUGUGCAAGACCUACAACCUGAACAUCCAGAACUUCGAGGCGGUCAGCCAGGAACGGUGCGCCACCACGCCCCAGGACACCGCCCACCAGAAGAGGAUGAGUCUCAUGGGCGGCAAUGCCAGGGUCUCCGGCAUCGCCCAAUACCCGCCCACGAUCCUCUCCUCCCCCAGAAACACGACGAAGCCACAGCCGACGAAGCCAGUGGUCCAAAAAAGCCUUCAGCCUACCCGACCAUCCGGGACGAAGCCUCAGCCGACACGACCCACCCCAACGAAGAAGCCACCGCCUGGGAAGCCUACUCCCGCGCCGAAGCCUCACGUCCUGAGCAACUCUUCCUCGACGAAGCCCCCAGCCCUUCGGCCAACCCCCGGCAAGAAACCGAGUCCCUCCGGCCGAGGAAUGCCACUUCGUCCAAGCCUCCGACCAAGGGACCUCAGCCGAUGAGGAAGCCGCCGGUUUCGAGAAACUCCGGCACAACGAAGCCUCAGCCACGGAAACCCACUGUUGCGACGCCCUCCAAAGCCACCACGCCGAAGCCAGCGAAGUCUCAGCUUGCUAAGCCAACCCCGGCGAAGCCCUUGGCCAAGA